AUGGAUGACUUUGAUGUCAUCUUGGGAAUGGACUUCCUAGUGAAGAAGAAGGCUAUCCCUACUCCCACCGCUAACAGCCUAUUGAUGAUGGGGGAACAAAUGGGAGUAAUACCUGUACAGAGGAAGCAACUGAACAACCCCAAACUUCUAUCGGCUCUCCAAUUCAAGAAAGGGAAGAAAAAAUGUGCAUUUGGCAUGAGACGAAUCAAGUUUCUGGGACACAUCAUCGAGGAGGGGAAGAUCCGUAUCGACAUGGAGAAGGUAAAAGUCAUCCAAGAGUGGAAAACUCCCACCAAUGUGAAAGAACUUAGAUCAUUUAUGGGAUUGGCAAAUUACGACCAUCGUUUCGUAAAAGGGUACUUAAAGAAAGCAACUCCCCUAAUGGAAUUGCUAAAGAAGGAGGUGCUUUGGGAGUGGAGCAAGGAAUGCGAGGGCGCAUUUGACAAUCUAAAGGAAGCUAUGAUGAAAGACCCGGUGUUGGCCCUGCCGGACAUCACAAGACCCUUCGAAGUCUGA